AUGGAGCUGUUGCGUAUUGGAGAAAAUACACGUCAAAAUGCAAUUUUAGGAUCAAGAAAUCUAGGAGGUCGCAGCGAUUCAUACGAUGAUCUUGAUUUUUGUUACGGACGCGGUCAUUCCGAAGAUCCGUUCGAAGAUGAGUUCGUUUCCAGUCAAAGACGUUUCAAAGACCGUGCCUCUGCUGCUUUUGAUGAAGAUCUGGCCGAGUUGCGUCGCAAGCGACGGGAUGUACAGGAUCGUCUAUUCGACAUGAUAGACCUGAAUGCGGAGAUCGAGAAAGCUCGAAACACUCUGGAACAGGCAGAUAAUGUGUUCGGGCGUCACGCCUUGCGCUUUGAUAAUCAGGGGGGUGACGUGGAGAACACGUCGCUAGCCCAACGAUUGGAGCGUGCGCGCACGCUCGCUGCCAUGGAGGUACCUGAUACCAAAUCUAGUAACGUCAAGUGGACCAAAUUGGUGCCGGUCGAAGAGGGCACCAUGCCACUCGAGGCAACUCCAACUCAGAUGCGCAGAACUCGACUUAACUCUAUCGUCGAUGGCACCAACAAUCCCUAUAUCGAGAAGCUCGAACCGCGUGGUAAACGCGGAUACUCCAAGAGAAAGAAGAGCGUCUCCUUCUAGAUCAAUGUCAUUCAUCGAUGCAACCAUAACCUAUUAUUUUCAAAUUCGAUUAUCAUUUUCUUUAUGUUCUUUAUUCUUCUAUCGCUUUCAAUUAUUUUAUUCAGCUGUGGGCACGUUUAUUUUACAUUUCAUGCUCUUCGUGCAGCUGACUAUUCAAUUUAAUUGCUUUACAUUCAUUUAUUUCAUGUUUUACAUCAUGAUAUCUCUGUCAUCGAAUCGAGUAAUUAACAUUGCCACAGUUACUUAUUUUAGCUUUUUCGCUUACACAUUUGUAAACAUUUGUUUUCUAAGAUCAACCAAUGAAAAAAUUAAUUAUUUGUACCAAAUAUUUUUAACUGUUA